CCACCAUCUUGACGGUAUAAUCAAUCCUCCUCAUCCUCAUCCAUUGCCUCGCUACAAUGGCCACAGCUGUCUCUUCAGCUGGCCCUUCGUCAGCUCCUGCCUCGUCUUCCUCGACAAUCUACAUCAACAACCUCAACGAGAAGGUCAAGCUGUCCAUCCUCAAGACGUCGCUCCACUCCCUCUUUUCCACCUAUGGCCAGGUCCUCUCCAUCACAGCUCACUCCAACAUCAGGCUGAGGGGCCAAGCAUUCGUGGCAUUCUCUGAUGGCGAAAUUGCAGGAAAGGCAGCAAAGGAAGUGAAUGGAUUCCCGCUCUACGGCAAGGCAAUGCAAUGCGCUCUGGCCAAGACUCCCUCCGAUUCAGUGGUACUCAAGCGCACACCGCGGAACUCGCCCGCCUUCAAGGAGCACAAGUCCACACGGCGUGCCCGCAAAGCAGAGAUCAGUGCUGCUCUCGCUGCGCAAAAGCAAGGUGUACCAGCAGGUAUUGCUGGCGGCAAGCGUAAGCGAGAUGGCGAGGCAGACGGACAAGAGGGCGCAGCAGGUCUGGUGGAUGGUGCCCAGCCUCCUCCGGUGAAACGGGCAAUCCCUCAACUGCCCGACGAGUACCUUCCUCCCAACCCGCUCCUCUUUAUCCAAAACCUACCAGAGGACAAUAGCGCUACUCGAGAGGAGCUGGAGACGCUCUUUGUUGACUUUGAAGGCUUGCAGGAUGUGAGGAUGAUCCCUGGAAAGGCUAUUGCGUUCGUCGAGUUUGCUUCGGCGGAGCUGGCGAGUAGGGCAAGAGAGGGGCUCAAUGGACGAAAGGUUGGGACGCAGGUGAGGGAGGAGGCGGGAGAGGAGGUCAAGGGGAUGAGGAUCACUUUCGCGAGGGUAUGAGAGAGUACUCUACCUCUGUCCUCCAAGUAGUCGAGUCAACGAAAGUACAGUUCAAUCUAUGCAUGUUGGCAUUGCAAUACAAGAGGG